CUCAAAACAAUUAUUCAGUAUCGCUUGGACGACUUUUUAAUAAAAAAAAUGUCCCACACGUACAGCAUUCCAACAUGGGCUGAAGAAAACCGAAGCUUACAUGAUGCAAUUUGCCAGGCACGUGUGAAUGUCGAAGCAGCAGAUGAAUUAAAACAUCAACUUCAAAUGAACAAAGAGCGGUUUAUAAAUUUACUCGACAAUGUACCUAAAAACUCGUCUCACAGAGCAACUCUCAACUCUAAUAAAGCUUAUAUCGACCGAACUGCGCACAACGUAAGCAAAGAAUUCGUCACCAAAGCUUUGUUUCUAUCCGAUCAACUUGACAUUAACGAAUAUGUGGCCGCAACUCUUUUAAUGCGUGGAACUACUGAAGCUACUCGUGUCAGCAGCAAUGCUCUCGAUACAGCUGUUCUACUUUACCACGGUGAACGAGGUUACUUAUUGGCCUGUCUCGACGUCAUAUUGAAUUCAGCAAAAGAUUCCUCUGUCAGCAAUGAAGUCCGCUCUGUCUGCUACGAAUUUAUGGAGGAAAUCAUGAAGCAAAGUAUUAGUGCAAAGAACAAUACUUCAAUUACCUUUAUACAAAAGAUCAUAUCAACGUUAGAAAGUCUCAGUAACACAAUUUUAUUGAUCCAAAACACCGGAUCUGUGAUUGGACAUGUACCUGAAGCUGGAAGUGGAAAACUUGGAGAGGAUAUUUCAGAAUUGCGUAUAGAACGACUAGGAGAUGAACGUAUCUAUAUUGUACAGAUUCUUUAUCAUAUCGCUUCUCUUUUUGAUAUCAGAACCGAGGAUAAAGUGGCCAUGCUCAAAUUAUUAGAAGAGGCUGAAUUAUCCGACCCUGCCACAGCCUAUGUCAUUACCGCUAUGCUGGCGGCACUAUCUUCAGAAAACCAGACAAUCGAAGAAUCCCCAAGUCCAGAAAAUUUAGAAUUUAUCCAAACGUUUCACAAUCGAAUCAUGACACAUGGCUCAAAAGUACCUGUCAUUAAGGCGGUUAUCGUCCUUCAAUGGAUCUUAUAUUUAAGUGAUCCUGUACGAGCUAGUAAAGUUAUUUCAAGUGAAUAUCUGAAUAGAAGCGAUGCGGAUAUCCAAAAAUUGCUUGAACUCUCAUUUGACGCAGACGUAUUUCGAUUCAUGAAUGAAUAUUUGCUAUACUUCAAACAACCCAAUGCAUCAAUUGAUACUAAUCGUAAGGUGAUUAAAUACGAUAGUUCUACCGACGCCAGAUCUACAAAGAAAGUUGAUAAAGCAGAUUAUCAUAACUAUAAUGCAGACAUUCGUAUCGAUUUCCACCCAUUUGUCAUUUAUGAAUUGGAAAAAUUAGGUGUAGCUGUCAUUCAAGUUCAAUUUCAUUAUUUGCAACAACUGAAAUAUAAAGAAGAAGAUACAUAUACACCUGUACAGGCGCCUCUUACAACAGAAAAUGCUCUUAUCAGUAGCUCAGAAAGCAACAAACAGUGCCAUGAUGUGGAAUAUUUUCUUACAUUUUUGGCAAGCAUCUAUCGGGACCGUGCAAAUGCCGGUGUUAUUUUCUGGGAUAAAGAACAAACUGGAUUAAACAACUUUACUCGCUGGUUGCUUGAUAUUAAAAUCGUUUCAACUGUUUGUGCCGCAUUUGAUUUUCUUGGAUCUAUUGCUACAGGUGAUGCUUGCGCUACACACAUGUUCCAAUUCUUUAUGAACGGUGUUACUGCUGAACUUGGCGAUAGUGCUUUGUUCUCAUGGGGAAAGCCUUUUUCUGCUUUAACAUUUUAUGCUAAUCUUUUAAAGUCCAAUUCCGAAGAAACCAAUGCUAUCAUUCCUACUAUCGAGGAAGAACUGAUCAUGAAGUUCUUGAUCAUUCUCAAGCAAACAGUUCAAUAUUCUAAAGAAGCCCGCUUCACUUUUUGGUACAGUAACAUCAUUCAAGUUCAAUAUACCUUGAUUGAUAUCCUAAGCUGUCCUACAUCAACACAACUUCGCGCUGCAUUAUUUGAUGUACUUUCAGCUUUCUCGUCUGCCUGGGGUGGUGGUGUAGAUGGUGUCGGCUCCGAAAUAUCUUUGCAAGUUUGGAGGUUUUUAGAAGAUAGCGAUAUGUUACUUCCAAAGCAUAAAUCUGUUCAACUCGAAAAGGACAAAUCUCAAGUAGUCUCCAAACCUGCUGGUAUCUUACAAGAGUUAGAGUCCGAAAAAGCUAGCCGCGUGUACACAGAAACUUUGGCAGUGAUUCGUUUAAUUGGUUCAAUUAUACACACGCAAAGUAAGCGCGAACAGCUUGUAUCAGGAUUUAAAGCGACUCAAUCAAGUAUCCCUAUUGACCUUGGUAAAAACACCAAGAACCCUGGUGCUACUCCUUUUAUUUCUCUUAUUGUGGACGACAUUUUCGUUAUUAUUCCUAAUCAGAAAUACGCUUUUGCAGAAGCUCAAUGGGAAUUAUCCGAAGCGUGUCUUUUGGUGAUGGAAAAUAGUAUUGAAGCAUUUAAUUUGGAAAGAUUGGAAGAGGAGCAUAUCCAGGCAGAACUUAACCGAAACUUACAAUUAGCUUCACCUAUUCCUUCCAUCCAGAAUGAUCUACUUGCUUAUUUGACUCAUCCUGGAUUUCAAGUGAUUAUCCGUAUUCUCUCUGGUGGACGUGUUAUCAACGAAAUAUUCACCAUUAUUGAAGAAUGCGCUAAGAGGGAAACCAAAGAAGUAGAAAACUUGCCUUACCAUAAAAAAUGCCUUCUUCGCGCUUUACGUAUAUUACUCAAAGUCUUGGAUCUUCAAACCACAUUUUGUAAAAUACUUUUGCCCUACAUCAUCGGGUUUUCCAAGAGAAAUGCUUCAUCAGAAUUUCAGCUUGGUGAUUACACAUUUGCUCCUUUACCCUCUGUGGUGCCACUUGGACAACUCAUGUUAUUCAAUUCAGAAGUCCUCGAACGAAUCGCCUUGUUAAUAAAUUAUGGAGAUCAGGAAGAAAUUUGCUUCUUAAGCACCAAAAUUCUCAAUCGUCUUUCAGUAGACAAGAAAGAAUCAAGUGUUAUCACCAACCAGGUCAUGAUGCUUAGCCAUGUUACUUCAUCCCCUGCUCUGUAUGGUUUAGGCUCAAAUCUUACAAGUGUUUUAAGUACUUCGAGAUCCGCAGAUGCUAUCAUCUUUGGUGUUAGUGAAAGAUUAAGCAUCAAUAUUCCCGAAACUACUACUUGUGAUGACUAUGAAUUUGAUACAAACAACAUUCCUUUCUGGCUCGCCAAAGAAACCUUAGAAAACACAUAUAAUGAGAUUAGUGAUUACCAACCUCGUGUCAGCUCAUCCGUACGACUCGCUAUAUUGGAUCUCCUUUUAGAUAACGCUAAACAAGAUAAUUCUUCGACUACUAUGGCAGAGUUCCUCUUAGGAUACGAUUUGACUAAUAGAAACCCGCUGAAUAGGAUUCAAGAUACGGAAGAAAACAAGGCAACUUUAGUUUGUUUCCAUACCAUUUUGGAUAUGAUGCGUCAGGGAAUCGAGAAGCAUUAUCAUUUAGCCGAUUCUAUGAUGGAAGACAAUGCGGACCCAACACUUCCGUUAAUUGAUACUCACCCUAUCUUAGCCGAAAAGUGUUAUGAACUUAUAUAUAGAUUAUGCUCCAAGCAAUCACUUUCUGUGUCAACAAUGCGUUACUUGCGUAAUCGAGAAAACUUCUUUUACAAACAGUUCGACAGAAUUUCUUCUCGCAUCGAGUACAAUAUUCAGAUGGAAUCACCAUCUUUUCCUGGAACCAUGAUUUGUGCAGAUGGAACGCAACAUAAGACAGAUUUCUUUAGAUUACGAUCUAAACUUCAUCAAAGAGCAUGGAUCCUACAGUGCAUUGCCUUAGAAUUGCAUACAACCAUCGGAAUGGAACAAAAAAACGAAGCCAGAAAAUUGAUAGAGUUAUUGUAUGGACGCAAAAAUAUUUUUGGCGAUGACGAUAUGGACGCACAGGAUCAACUAGACAAUAGCAUUUUUUCUGUAUCGCAAUCAUUUCAACAGCCUUUGGCUAAAAUGCUCGAAUUCGUCAGUUCAUUAGAGUUCACAUGGGUUGAUCAACUUACAUUGGAUUUAAAGGUGUCAGAAUUAGUUCAUCUCAAUGGUUUUGACGUAAAAUCAUACGAAAUUAUUAACGAGCGUGGCUGUCAAAUUUAUGAUGUUCGAAAUAUCUACAAGGAUUUACGAACUACACAAGAAAUACAUUUCAUCAACACACCAGACAACGACGCAGUUGAGACCGAGAUGGGAUCUAUUCUUAACUGGUGCAUGGCUCAAAAUCAUCUUAAGGAAAUCACCUUUGCUAAGAUCCACUGCUUAAAAGCUUGGAAAGAAGUAAUCCAUGUGACAAUCAUUGAAUGCUUUGAUCUUAUUGGAGUGGAGCAUCGCGAAAAUAUGGUGUACGAAUUGUUAAACAUGCUACUUAACAAGAUAAUGCAAACGAAAGAAUAUGACGGGAAUAUGCUCAAGAGUAUGAGUGAAGUCAUUACAUCUCUUAUUAACCGUUUGAGGAAAGACAAGAAAUCAAGACCUGCCUCUCAAUUACCAAUUGAGAAACUCAAGUUAAUCUUUAAUGGUAUUGUAAACUGUAUUCGGUUGGAUGAUACAACAUUUGAAGUUCGAGGAGAUAUGUAUUCUGCCAUGACCAGCUUUUUAUUGUACAUUAAUGGCCAUGGUAAAGAUGACUCCUAUGUCCAACUCGAGAGCUACAUUGUGGACCAUAUCAGCUGUCAGAACUCAAAGCUACUUGAAAUUAUUUGCGUUGAUGCCAGUCGUGGUCUUGAAAUCUGGAAGACUACCGCGUAUAUCGGUUUGGAUGGUUUAAACAAGGCUGCCCUCCGCGCUGGUAGUGACAUUGUCCAAUGCUACUUGAUUCAAAACAACUUUUUACAAUAUACUAUUGAGAUGAUUAAAAGUGACGACGCAGCUUUAAUCAACUUGUUAGAACAAACAGAUGCUGCUUUACUGCCCUUGUAUAUAUUUGAGGCUAAAAUGUCUAUUCUCCUUAGUCUUGCAAUGAACCCAGAAGGUGCGGAACUGUUAUUUAGAAAUAGAAUUUUUGAAGUUCUUGGUCAAUGCCAGUUCAUGAAAGCACAACAACAAGAUUAUAUCACCACACAAACAAACGUUGGCCACUCUGAAGAAUUAGCAGAACGCUAUCAACAAUUACUAAUGCCAACACUAAAGUUGGUGGUAGCUAUUCUCUGUAGCUAUCGUGGCGAGAAUGAGACUGUGCUGGAAAGGGCCGAAAGAUGGGUUGAAAAGCAACAAGCUACGCUUGUCAAUAUUUUAAAGGAGGAUAAGCGCCAAUUAACCAAGAACUCUUUAGAACGCAUUAAGUUAGUGGGCACCAUCAUGUGUUUUAUCAGCUCUCACAAACAAUACUCGGACGAUUUUGCCAAUAAAGGCAUCAAUCAAAUCCACAAUGCAAUGUUGCAAUUUGACGUUGCUGAUAUAAUCACCAGUAGUAUAACCCCGAUCACAGACCAAGAUUUAGUUGGUGGUAAUAAUAACACAGCAUUUCAGGCCAAUGUAAAUAAUACAAUCGAAUCGAUAAAAAGAAUUGUGCGAUCGUAUAAGUCUAAGCAUGAUUAGUCUUACCAAAUAAAAUAAUGCAAUUUCACUCCAACAUGAUAAACAUAACCCUUCACAAUAAUAAAAAA